CGGUGGGCCGGAUCGAGCCAUGGGGAGUCGUCGUAGCCAAAGUAAAAGUCGGUUUGCUCACCCUUUUUUCCUGGAGAUAAAAACCUCCGACUCCGUGUGCGCUUCUCUCGCAGCCGUGAUCGAUCUCCAGCAAAUCCGCGCGAUCGACAUGGAAGCCCGAACGGAUCGCCAACCACCAUCCGGCGAUCCUCCGCCGGGGCAACCUCGCUGGGUGUUGCUCCAGGGCAACAUGAUCUGCGAGGAUCCCGCCGCCAGAGCAACAACACCCAUCGCCAGCGACGAUCUCGACGCCGAGACCGUGGCGGAUGCUCUGACCUCCGGAGGCCGUAACGUCCGCGUCUCCUUCCACCUCGCGGCGCCACCGGCGGUGUCACGCCUGCGCGUCGACAUCCCCGGCCUGCCGGACGGCACCCAGCUCCUCGCGGAGAUCAUCGCGGCCAACGCGGACUCGGUCCUUAUAGAGGUCGAGACCAGCAGACCCGGCAGGUUUGAUACUGACAAACGCGACUCGUUGGACUACUUCGUCUAUAAUGCCGGCGCCGCCGCCGCCGACCCCUCCCGCCCGCCGUCGCUGUCGUUGCUGCCCCCUUACCACAAGGGGUCACCCAGGUGGAAGCGACUUAUGCCUGCAGAAACCACUGGCCUCCUGCGCCGCGGCGACGAGGACCUGCUCGUGGCGCGGCUGACCCUCAAUGGCACGGAAGGAGAGGCGCCGCUCGAGGCCGAGCUCUGCCUGCUCAGAUCCGGUGAGUGGGAGUGGAAGCUCAAGCGUCUUCCGGUCCUCCACGGCGACGGCAAGCGGAAGGAGGUGUCCUUCUGGCAGACCGACGCGGUCAUCCCCGUCGGCGACCGGUUCCUGUACUGGGUGGACUACUACCGCGGCAUCAUCUUCUCGGACGCGUGGGAGGAGACGCCCCAGCUGCGAUACGUGUCUCUUCCCGUGGAGCCCUUGGAAAGCCGACCGGACGACCACGACGGCGGCUCGAGCUACCGCGGCGUGUGCGCAACGGACGGCGGUGGAGCAGUGAGUUUCGUGGAAGUCUUUCCCCGCUGCUGCUGCGGCUGCCCGGGCGCGACCUUCUGCUCGCGCUCCCGCUACGCCUUUAACAUAACCACGUGGGCGCUGAGGAUGGACGAUGACUUGGCAACGUGGGACAAGGUCGGCGUGGUUGACUCCGACGAGCUCUGGUCGCUCCCCGGCUACAGCGGCGUCGUGCCACGCAUCACGCCGGAGUACCCCAUCGUCAGCCUGGACGACCCCGAUGUCCUCUGUUUCAUGGUGCACAAGCUCCCAUACCAUAUGGAGGACGUUGACGGCGACCAUGCGAUACGGAUGAUCGAGGUGGACACGAAUCGCAUGGAGCUGCGAUCCGUCGUCUGUUACGACGAGCACGACGACGGUUUCUGCUCUCCUCCCGAGUUCUUUCCCUGCAUGAUCUCCCGGUACUUCGACGCCUCCUCUCGCAGCUGCCGUCCUCCAGCAAAGCUCCAUGAGCAAGCACCGAUGGCGGCAGCGGCAACAAUUAUUAAUGAACUCAACUCAUCGGAUAACAAGGCGGCCAUGGCUUCUCCUGGGGAGAUGUUGGCGACACUCCGGGAGAUAGGUGACCUGGAGCGUGAUGACAUGCUGAGAACGUAUAGCGUUCUUGUGUGUGAUGGGAGCCAGUUCAAGUUCAGGUCACUUUUGGCGCUUCCCAAGGACAUGAGGAAAGAUUACUGCCUGCUGCUCAUGGAAAAUCGUCUUUAGUUAAUUUGCUUCAAUAAAGCUACUACGUACUGAUCAUGAUAUGAUCGCCAUGUGAUUACUGCUAGCUGCUCAAGGGAUGAUUGCGUAUUUGUCCAAGAGAAUGUUCAGUCUUUAUCUUUACCUCAUAAAAAAGCAAAGGGAAACGUUUAGGGCCGGU